AUGGUCCUACAGCAUUGCGACGUCAAACAUGGCAAGCUUGCUGUCGAAAUCAAAGGUAACGGCCCUCUCGUCCUCUGCGCACCAGCCAUGGGGGACUUACGCUCAGCAUAUGCUCCUCUUUCAUCUCAACUCGCGGCCAAUGGCUUCACAGUAGCAGUCAUGGACAUCCGCGGCCACGGCGACAGUUCCACCGACUUUCAAAAAUACGGCGACGAGGCCAUCGCAACUGAUUUCAUCGCCCUCAUCGAGACGCUCAACAAAGGACCCGUCGUCCUAGCUGGCGCCUCGUUAUCCGCCGGCGGAGCAGCAAUAGCAGCAGGACGACGCCCUGAUCUCGUCAGAGGCCUCAUACUCAUCGGCCCAUUCCUCCGCAAUCCCCAAGGCGUGAUGGGCAUAAUCGGCCCUACCUUGAUGAAGACUCUCGUCAUGAAACCCUGGGGUCCCUCUGUAUGGAAAUCCUACAGCAAGACCCUCUGGCCAGGUCUCGGAGACGAAGGCGCUACGAAACGUGCAGCAGACAACAUGGAUUCCCUCACACGACCGAAGCGAUGGGCGGCUUUCCAGGCUACGGUCAAGGGAGCGGACCAUAGCACUGUCACACCGUAUUUGAGCAAGAUUAAGAAUGUACCGGCGUUGGUUGUUAUGGGUGAGAAAGAUCCGGAUUGGUCGAAACCUGUUGAAGAGGCGGAGUGGGUGGCUUCGAAUUUUAGGGAUUCGAGGCUGCUUGCUGUGCCUGGGGCGGGACAUGCGCCGCAUUUGGAGAGUCCGGAGAUGGUUGGGAAGGAGGUCCUGCAGUUUUUGAAGAAGCUGGAUGGGUAG